AUGAACCCCCACCUGUCCGCUGUCCGGUAUGGUGACUUGCAACCAAUUGUGGAGGGGGGACCAGAGUACCAAGAUGAACCCCCACCUGUCUGGUAUGGUGACUUGCAACCAAUUGUGGAGGUGGGACCAGAGUACCAAGAUGAACCCCCACCUGUCCGGUAUGGUGACUUGCAACCAAUUGUGGAGGGGGGACCAGAGUACCAAGAUGAACCCCCACUUGUCUGGUAUGGUGACUUGCAACCAAUUGUGGAGUGGGUACCAGAGUACCAAGAUGAACUCCCACCUGUCCGGUAUGGUGACUUGCAACCAAUUGUGGAGGGGUAUGGUGACUUGCAACAAAUUGUGGAGGUGGGGCAAGAGUACCAAGAUAAACCCCCACCUGUCAGGCAUGGUGACUGGCAACCAAUUGUGGAGGUGGGACCAGAGUACCAAGAUGAACCCCCACCUGUCCUGUAUGAGGGGGGACCAGAGUACCAAGAUAAACCCCCACCUGUCCGGUAUGGUGACUUGCAACCAAUUGUGGAGGGGGGACCAGAGUACCAAGAUGAACCCCCACCUGUCCGGUAUAGUGACUUGCAACCAAUUUUGGAGGGGGGACCUGAGUACCAAGAUGAACCCCCACCUGUCCAGUAUGGUGACUUGCAACCAAUUGUGGAGGUGAGACCAGACUACCAAGAUGAUUCCCCACCUGUCCGGCAUGGUGACUUGCAACCAAUUGUUGAGGUGGGACCAGAGUACCAAGAUGAACCCCCACCUGUCUGGUAUGGUGACUUGCAACCAAUUGUGGAGGUGGGACCAGAGUACCAAGAUGAACCCCCACACGUCCCGUAUGGUGACUUGCAACCAAUUGUGGAGGGGGGACCAGAGUACCAAGAUGAACCCCCACCUGUCCGGUAUGGUGACUUGCAACCAAUUGUGGAGGGGGGAACCAGAGUACCAAGAUGA